AUGGGGCAAGUGGCGGUCGUUAUCCUGAUCUGUUUCUUUUAUGGUGUACACGCACUACCGUUCGGAUCUUCGUCCUCUGCGCAACCGGAUGUUGACUCAGAAAAGCCGGCAGCGAUUUGUCGGAUGACCGUCCCAAAAUGGAUUUUUCGACCAUAUGACGAGCAUUUCUCACUCCAGACCGCUUUGCAGCGCUAUCGAAACGAAACCGAUCCGGAAGUGCGAGCCGAGAAGACGCGAGGGCUCGCCAAUCUGCUGGAAGUCAGGGCAGAAAUGGAGUUGUUGCAUCAGAAAAUGCAAGCCCUGAUCUGCAACGGAACCGUUUUGAAGCAGUAUUUCUUGCACGCAUUUACCUGUGAAGUGAUGCACGGUGAACGGUGCCGCCAUAAGUGCGAAACAGAAGUCGGAAGAUACAAGUCUGAAUCGCUGGAGGCGCCGUACGGCGUGCAACGGUGCACGACAUAUGCCGCGCAUUUGAGCUGUAUAGGAGCCAAACUUGCCGAGAUUUGCGGCGGACGUCAUACGGAAUUUGACAUGGCCAGAUUGACGUUGAUUGAGGCACAGCAGUCCAUGGUUGCGGUCACGAGGGAUAAGCGGCAGCCCAGCCACUGCGGCGCUGAAACGGUGGCCGCGAUGUACAAGCUGAUUUUUAUGAAGGCCCCUAAAGGGACAGAAGAUAUUUUUGGGCUU